GCAAACAGCACGAGUGGCCCUCGGCAGCCGGAGCGGCCCCAGCCUUCCCCGGCCACCCGGGAUCCUAUAAAUGCCCCCGGGCCCGGGCUGGCAAAGGGACAGGAGCGCAGGAGAGAUGGAGGACAGUUCCAAAGAGGCGCUGAUGGAGGAGGCACCUCCGAGGUACACGGAGUCCCCGCGCCUGCCCUGCAUCCCCCACGAGCUCAAGAGCCUCCUGCUGAUGGUGGCGCUGGUGCUGGUGGCCCUCGUGGUGGUCAACGUCACCUUCCUCCUGCUGGGGCUGCACCUCAGCGAGUCGCACGCCGAGACGGUGUUGCGGAUGAGCAUCCACGGCCUGGAUGGCGAGGGGCCCCCGCAGGAGCUGGCCGUGAGCCAGCGGGAAAGGAGCGGCACGUUCGCCGUGCGGGACGGGCUCAACGGCUCGGCCGCGGUCGUGUACGACUACAGCAAGCUGCUGGUCGGCUACAGGUCCUGGCGUCACCGCGCCUGCUACAUCACCCGCGUGGACAAGGACAACUUCCCGGGGCUGGACGCUGUCACCGAGACCUUCCAGCGCCGGCAGGGUGAGGACGCUGGGGACAAGGCCGUGCCCCUGGCUGACCGCUCCAUCCUGGGCACCACCAUCAACAUCCUCUGCAGCACCGUGCCCGUGUUCUGGGCUGUCCCCACCGCUGCCCCCCAGUUUGAAGGAUGGAGGGUGAGGAGGAAGGAGCAGCCUCUGCACUUCCAGCCCUUCAGGGGACGCUCCCAGCCCUGUCCCCUCCUCGUGCAGGAAAUCUUUCAUGUCCUGUUUGUCCCUUGCCACAUCAAGCAGCUCCAGGUGCCCGAGCUGGCCAAGGGACACGAGCCAGCUCUCGCCUCGGGAGCAGCCACAGCCGGAUGCUCCACCCUGGAGGGUUUGCUUUGGCCCUGCCACCUCGCUCCUGGGCAGCAGAGAAGUCCCUGUGCCUGGGGACAAGGGUCCUUGACCCAGUGCCCACGGAGCCUCUUGAGCUGCACGUUCCCAGGGGGAUCCAGCUGGGAGUGGGCGCUCAGCAAACACCGGUGGAGUGGGUCACAUGCCAGGGCCUCGCUGCGCCCCAGGGCCACCAAACCCUCCACGGGGUCCCCACCCCAGUGCCCCAGUAUAAAGUUCCCAGUCCCUGCAGUCAGACUGGGCUGGGAAUGGGAGGAGGAGGAGGACGAGGAGGAGGCAGCAGCAGCCAUGGAGAGCAGCAUGAAGCAGGUGGUGCUUGAAGAGGAGGACUCGGGGAACGGCUGCUGCUGCCCAGGCUGCUGCUUGCCCUGCGCCACGUGCUGCGCCAAAUGCUGCACCAAAUGCAGCUGGUGCUGCGCCAAAUGCUGCACCAAAUGCAGCUGGUGCUGCGCCAAAUGCUGCUGCCUGCCCAAGUGCUGCGAGUGCCCCAAGUGUCCCAAGUGUCCCAAGUGUCCCGGCUGCGCCAGCUGCUCCGGCUGCCUCAGGAAGUCGCUGUGCUUCGUCCCUCGGCUGCUCUGCUACCUGCCUCGCAAGCUGCUGAGCUGCGGCCGCCUGCGCUGCCUGCUGAUCGCGGUGGUGGUGGUGGUCCUGCUGGUGGUCAUCGUCGCCGGCGCCCUGCUGAUGUGGCUGAGCGUGGAGCAGCGCCACGCCGACACCGUCCUGCGGGGCGGUCUGUGGGCCGGACCCGCCUGGGAGGAGGACGCGGCCACUUUCUACCUGGACAGCGGGGACGGGAACGCGGCCACGGUCAUCUAUGACUACAAGAAUCUGCUGGUGAGCUACAGAGCCCGGCUGCACCGCGCCUGCUACGUGACCCGCGUGGACAAGGACAACGUCCCGGGGCUGGACGCCGUGGUCGAGACCUUCCAGCGCCGGCAGGCUGAGGACAAGAUCUCCGUGCCCCUGGCUGACCGCUCCCUCCUGGGCACCACGGCGGGCAUCCUGUGCAGCCUGCUCCCCGUUUACUGGGCUUAGCCCCGCGGGGGGAGUCCGCAGGGUGGGCAGGGGGCUGCGGGACCCCCGCCCACCCGGCAGCACCCCCGCAGCACCAGCUUGGCCUCGCAGCACCCCCGGCAGGCACAGCCCCGCUGGGAGCAUCGACGGCUCCUCCGCGGCCGCCCCCGCGCCGCCCACCCAAAUUUUGGGGUGCGGGGGGUGAGGAGGGGUCGGGGGUCGGCGCUGGGGGGGCUGCGGGCGCGGGGCCGGGGGCGGGGCGGGGGUGUCUGCGCUGUGCCGGGGGACAGCUGGUUUGUCACUUAAGUCUUCUCAGCUUCGCCAAACCCAAGUGCAAAAAUGAGCUUAAAAAAACAUGACAUUUAAAGAAAACACAA